CUUUGGUUGCAGGGCAAUCUUGUGAUGGUUUUGGUUGAGGAUGUUGCUGUAAAAAACUAAAAACUGCCUGUCCCCAAAUGAAACAUUCUACUGGCCCAUAUUUACUUUCUCCUCUUUCUAUUUUUAUUUUAAGCAAAUUACAGUUAACAAAAUAUUUUACAUAUAUCAUGCACUAUAUAUUUCCUUUGCUCGAUUCUCUGCCAGGAGCUUGAUCAAUCUCUCUCUCCAACAAAGCCCAAAGGAAGCAAGUUUGUUUGUUUGAUUCAAUAAUCUUUGAGGGAGGGUCAUGAGGCUUCUUAGCAUUGUGGGGAAUUCAUUCGGAUGCUCAGCAUCUGGGGAGCGCUUAGUUUCGGCUGCAAGAGAUGGGGACCUUCAAGAAGCCAAGGCACUGUUGGAUUAUAAUCCCCGGCUUGCGAGGUAUUCGACUUUUGGUGUUCGGAAUUCCCCCCUCCAUUACUCUGCAGCUCAGGGCCACCAUGAGAUAGUCUCUCUAUUGCUUGAGUCUGGAGUUGAUAUCAAUCUCAGGAAUUAUCGUGGUCAGACUGCUUUGAUGCAAGCCUGUCAGUAUGGUCAUUGGGAAGUCGUGCAGACUCUGGUUGUUUUUGGAGCCAAUGUUCACAGAGUUGAUUAUCUGAAUGGGGGUACUGCCCUACACUUGGCUGCUUUGAAUGGUCAUACUCGGUGCAUUCGUCUCCUCCUUGCAGAUUACAUCCCUAGCAUCCCCAAUAUCUGGAAUCUAUUAAGAAACAGAUCAGGCAAUGAAGAAUCAAUCUCAGAAUUUGAUGAGAGUGCUCUCUGUCAGGCAAUUAAUAAGCCCGCUGAUGGAGGAAUCACUGCUCUCCACAUGGCAUCACUGAAUGGGCAUGUUGGGAGUGUGCAAUUGCUUUUGGACUUGGGAGCUUCUGUUUCUGUGCUGACUGUGGAGGAUGGAAGCACAAUUGAUCUAAUAGGUGCUGGGAGCACAGCUCUUCAUUAUGCUGCAUGUGGUGGAAAUGCUCAAUGUUGUCAAAUCUUAAUUGCCAGGGGUGCCAGUUUGACUGCUGAAAACGCAAAUGGAUGGAGUCCCUUGAUGGUUGCUCGUUCAUGGCAUAGAACUUGGCUCGAGGAAAUUCUUAGCAUAGAGCUAGGAGGGCAGCCACAAAUACUUCCUUCACCAUAUCUCUCUCUUCCCCUUAUGAGCAUUGUUAAAAUUGCUAGAGAAUGUGGAUGGAGGACUAGUGAAUCUUUACCCACAUGUCAAGAUCCAUGUGUUGUCUGUCUGGAAAGAAAGUGCACUGUAGCUGCAGAAGGUUGUGAUCAUGAGUUCUGCACACGAUGUGCCUUGUACCUUUGUUCUACAAACUGCACCUCAAUUAUUGCCAAAGGUCCACCCGGCUCAAUUGCAUGUCCUCUCUGCCGGCAUGGUAUUGUUUUAUUUGUCAAGCUUCCUGGAACAAGACCGGUUAGAAAGGAUUUUUCUAGAACAAGUUUGUCCCUACCAUUUUGCACAUGUUCGAGUGAGGAACUAGAAUCCUCUUCAUUAGCAACCCCAUUUUACAAGCCUGAUCUCCGUUGCUCCCGAAUUUUCCCUCUAGGAUCUUCUUUCCGUUCCCUGAGCUUCCAAAGGUUCCCAUCGAUGAAAAUCAACUCUAGCCUUUGCAUGGGAGCUCCAGAAAUUCGUCAUUCUUUAGUUCCUUGCAAUGUAAACCGAAACUUGCGGAACCAAUUGACUAGGUGCUCAAGAUCAGGUCUUAGGCGAUCAGCUUCUGAGGGCAGAAGGUCAUGGCUCUCUGCUUUAAAUCAUUAUGUAACAACUGGUAGUGGGUGCUGAAAUUUUUUGAUUUCAUUGUAUUUCUCUUUUUUGCCUUACAAAGUUUUUUUUUUUUUUUUUUUUUUUCCCUCUUUCUUUUCGUCCAUAACAAAAGACGAGGGUUCUCAUUUGAUAAUGAUUAUUGGGCUUGUACUUGUACAUAUUAAUAAACAUUAGCUACCAGCUACGGAACAAAUGUCGACUCUUUGUAUGAUAGUUUUUAAACAUUCAUUAUAUUUCAAAUUCAUGUAGAACAUAUUCUUUCCA